GGCUACGUGACCACGGAGUUCCCAGUCACCGGCCUGAGCCGCGUCGUGCGGCACAUCACCGGCCACGACGCGCAAGGCCAGUCCGUCUUCCUGGCCACCGACAAUGGGGACCACCACCGGGUCCUGGGCGAGCAGCAAGCCAUCGGCAACAUCAUCUACUCGACUAACCAGAGUCCCGUGGAGCUCAACGAUGAUGUCGAUAUCAAGUACGCCCGCGCAAAUGAGCCAGGAAUCCACGUCCACAAUGGCACCGUCGCCCGACUCAUCGACUUCGCCCCGGGAGUGGAGUCCCCCCUCCACCGCGCCGUCAGCCUCGACUACGGGGUCGUGAUCGAGGGCGUCUUCAAGCUGGUGCUGGACUCGGGCGAGGAGCGGCUCAUGCGCCCCGGCGAUACCUGCGUCAACCGCGCGACGGCGCACAAGUGGAUCAACGUUACGGGCAACGGGACGCUGCCUGGACGGAUGCUGUUUAUCUUGUUGGAUGUUAACCCGGUGUUUGCGGGCGGGAAGCAGUUGGAGGGGUAUCUGGGAACUUUGGCGAAGGAUUAU